CGAAAUUCCCAACCGUGUUCAACUCCUCUUCCUCGCGUUACUUUUGGAGUUUACAAAUUUGCUGCAAAAAUUGGAUACCGAAUGUCUACAUUCGCCGUAUCGUUUCACAUCUCCUCGCCCUCGCACAAGUGAAAAUUGAUCGAGAAGGUAAAUUUGAAGAAGAAAUUCUCUCCUCGUGUACGUUGAUAUAGAGACAUGCUCGCUCCUUCUGUGCCGCGUCGCGAAAUCGUGCUGUGCGUUAUCUUGCUAUCGAGAUGUUCGGCCGUUUUCGAGAAGCACUGGCUUCCGGAUCUGGAGUGGCAGACCGCGAGCAACUGGGCGGACGGCCGUGUACCGGAGAUCGACAGUCGUGUGAUCUUUCCUCAGCAGACCCGGCACGCGGUGGGCAUCACCGGAGCCGAUAAUCUUCGGUUAUCCGAAAUCGAUUUACCGAGGCAGGGAUUGUUGAUUCUGCCUAGAAACGGUAAACUGCAGCUAAGCAAUUCGCGGGCGGACGCGAAAGUAAGCAGAUGGUCGAAAGAGGGUGGUGUUUUCUGGGCCGAUCCCGCAAAUUGGAAUGGCAGUACAAUAGCGACGCCGCAUCUCGAGCGCGUUCCCUGCCGCCAGGACAACGUUGUCCUACCGAGCGAGAGUCGCACCCUGAGUAUCCUCCUACCUGUGAGGCAAGUAGAGGUGAAGUCGAUUCGACUGUCGAACGAGAGGCAACCGUUUACCGCGUGGGAAUGGCAAACCUUUCAAGACCGUAGAGAAUUCUCCAGAGGCAGAUUCACCGUAAAGUACAGCGAGCUGUACCUGGCUACGCACGACUGUGCGAAAUGUUUCUGCCAGGGAGACUAUCAGAGCGAUUAUCUCGAAGAGAUCUGUGCCAUUCAGAGGCCGAGGUGUGGAUUUACGGACUGCGAGUACCCUCUUACGGUAGAAGGUCACUGUUGUUCAUACUGUGGCGGGCGCGUUUCCAUACCUAUGGAAAUUUCUUUAGCGACAGUGCAAACCGUAGCGGACGAAGCUCUAGAAGGAUAUACGGAAAAGAUUGCCUGGCACGCCAGACGCACCUGGAAGGGAGGCGUCGAGGUUCUCAUCAAGGAAAAAGGGGACUAUUCCGGGAUCACGGUAGAGGAGGCGGUGGAGAACCUGCGGGAAAUGUUGCGAAGCACAGGAAUCGAUGUUACGAACGCGGAAACGGCGGGUGCAGCAAUGAAGGAUUCUCGACUGGCCGUUACACUUGGACCGCUCUUCGGGACACCCCUCGUGGCGAUCGCCCUUCUUCUACUGGUCUUCCUGUACUUCGGUUAUUCUUUGGAGCAUGUUCUCUCGGGAUGUAUGGAAGCCGUCUCAUCCGUCCGAGAUGGAAUUCGGACGGACAAGCAGAAGCACGGUUUCGCCCGUUUCGAGAACGUUCCCGAGGGCAACGUUCAGAUUGCCGACGUUCCCGGAACGAGCGGACGAGGGGCUGACAACGACGCCGAGGGGCUGAAGCAAGUCGCGGGUGGUAGAUUCGAAAAUCCCCUAUACAGGUCCAAGAGGGAGGACAAGGCGGAGGAACGUAAGAUUCUCGAUAUAGAUGCACCUCUCAGCCUUACUACUUUAAAGGGCAAGAUAGAAGAUCAACUGGAAAAUGAGGAGAUGGAUACCGAGGAAUGAGAGAAAUAUAAGAAUUUACUUUGUCAUUAUUCAAUUCAAUUCGUUAUAUUACGCCCAUUCGAAUCUUACGAUUCUACUUGUGGAAAUGCGUUACAUAAUAAUUAAAUUUUUCUUGA